UCUUCGUUUUAACCUCUAGCUAGCCAUGACUCUUAUUAGCAUUCUUGUGGCUGGUGUUUUUUAAGAGUAAAACAGAAACACCGAGGCAACUCUUUGACGGCCAUGCGUGCCUUCCAACUUUAAAACUUCUGAGUUAUGCACCUCCUCGCCGUCAUUGGCUGUGUCCCGAGGGGAGCCGUGAUGCAUGUUUAGACAUCUCACGUGUAUGGGGGGGCACACGGCGGAAUCUUCAAAUUAAGGCUUUUGCUCUCCAGCUCAGACGGCCAUCAUCAUUUGAGUCAGUGGGUGGGGGCUAACGAAGACUACAAAUAUCGGGCCCCCCUCUAGCCGGAUACCUACUGGGGCACGUAGCCGCUCAUAUGCUCCUCGUUUUAUUUCUCUGCUUCUCGGAUACUUUUGGAGUGGGGCCACUUAGCCGCCGGAUUACGACUGUAACUUUUUUUCGUCGCCGUCAUGUUGAGGAACAACAAUGUCGUCUUCUCCUGUUUUGUUUUCUACGCUGUGCUGCUGCUGCUUAAGAUGUACGUUCUGGCCUUCAUCACCGGACAAGUGAGGCUACGCAAGAAGGCUUUUGCCAACCCAGAAGAUGCAAUGAGACACGGAGGACUGCAGUAUCACAGGCUGGAUCCCGACGUGGAAAGAUGCCGCAGAGCUCACCGCAACGACAUGGAGAACAUCUUCCCCUUCCUCUUUCUGGGGGCCAUCUACUCCAUGACGGGUCCAUCCCUGGGGACGGCGCGCCUCCACUUCGUGGCGUUCACGGCGGCCCGCGUGCUGCAUAGCGUGGCUUACCUGGCGGCGCUGCCGGCGCCCACCCGCUCGCUGGCCUAUGUGGCGGCGCAGGUGCCCUGCCUGUCCAUGGCGCUGCAGAUCAUGGCGGCGGUUGCCAGCUACGCGUAGACGCCGCCGUGUUUGACUUUUUAAUCGGAAGUUUAGUGAAGGGGGAGGGCGACGCUUUCCCAAACUGUCUUGCUCGUAGAAAGGCAAUGUGGGCUUUUGCCGUCAGCGAGCCUCAGAAUUUGGGGGUGUUUUUUUUUUUUUUUUUUUUUUUUUUUAUUGCACGAAAUCAGAAAAAGCCACUUUUCAUAAACAUCAAAGACAAUUUAGGAUCUUCCACACGUAUUUUCAUAAUCCACUAUUGUAGAAUAAAGAAUAGAAUAGAGCAGUGACUUUUUGUCAACUUUAUCUUCAACCAAGCAAAUGUAGAUGUUUUCUAUUUAGUUUUUGUUUUUUUUCCGUAAACACCCGAAAGAUCAUUUAGAGUCCUCCGUCGACCUGUCGUUUGUGAUUAUUUCAUAAACAUAAAGUGACGCCUUUUGUGCUGGGGAAAAAGGUUUGGGAAACCCGGAUUUUCACCCUGAUGUUUACACACAAACUAUUUUGUCUGGUGGAAGUGUGUUGUGACAGCAUCAAGAAUCGAGUCACGCUGUGCUCUUUUCGCUGAUAUUUUUGUCUGUACUUGAAAACUUGAAGGAAGCUCCUCAUGGACUGAAUAUUUAACCUGUCUGAAUAUCUUAUUUAUUUAUUAUUUAACAAAAAAGUUUGGGGGAUGUUUUUGUUGUUGUUUUUUUUUUGCUGUGUGUGCAAAUUGAGAAUAAAAGCUUAAACUGGCUGGAUGUUUGGAAUCA